GACAAGCGGGAGGACGAAUCGAGUUUAAAAAAGAGAACCCUUCCUCAAUGGAUCAUUCUUCUGGCAUUGGUAGCAUCUGUUACCUGAAUUUCAGUUGUGUCUGGUCGCAACCAUGAUUUUUCAAGGAGAACAAAGGGCAACAGAUAUCGAAACAGGUGCUCAAAUCACGGAUGGUCAACAAAAUUUGACGGAGCCCCGAUUGCCGGGUGAAGAGGUAACCUGGGGCGGCCCCGACGACCCGGAGAAUCCCUACAAUUGGUCCGUAUCUCGCAAGGUCUCUGUUGCCCUCGUCUUCUCGACAAGUCAACUCGUGACAACCAUGUCAGCCAGUAUGGUUGCGCCGGCCAUGGACCAAAUCCUGAAAGAUCUUCAUAUGAGUCCGUCUGCUGGCCAGAUUGCCUUCGGCGUCUUCUUCCUCGGGUUGGGUUUCACACCAUUUCUAGUCGCUCCCCUUGCCGAAAUUUAUGGGCGGAAGCCGAUAUGGCUAAUUGGAAACCUUUGGUAUAUUGUUUGGAAUUCUCUUUGUCCCAUCGGAUUCUCUGCGGCCUUGAUGAUCAUUGGGAGAUUUAUGUGCGCGUCUGGAGCUUGUGUUGGAGUUACCCUAACCGGGCCAGUCCUCGCUGACAUGUUCCCUGCGGAAGACCGUGGCAAGUCUUUGGCGAUCGCUGGACUGCUACCCUAUCUUGGUCCUGCGCUUGGCCCGAUCAUCGGUGGCUUGGCUGCAGAGCGUCUGUGGUGGCCGUGGUUGUUCUGGAUCCUCUCGGCAUUUGAUGCUCUCGCUCUUGUGCUAGGCUUCUUCAUUAUCCGAGAAUCCUAUACACCGGUACUGCUGCGACGCAAGGCCGAAUUCAUCGCAGCGCAAACAGUUCCUACUGGUGCACCAAAGAAGUCCUUGACUGCUCGCUUGCUCAUCUUUCAUCAAGAUUUGUCGUCUCGUAUAGGUCCAGCUAUGAAGCGGCCAAUUCGUCUCCUAACACACCGACCCAUCAUCCAACUCAUCGCUCUCGCAAUGGCCGUGGAUUUUGGCAUAUAUACCCUUGUGUUGUCGACGUUCGCUUCGCUUUGGAUUAAGCAAUACCAUCAAAACGAGACCGACGCUAGUUUGCACUACAUCGCCAUCGCUCUUGGUGCAUUUGUUUGCGCACAAGCUGGCGGUCGUUUAAUGGACCUGAUGUGGCACAGAAUGAAGUCAGCGAGACCAGAUCGCGAGCCCACGCCCGAAUGGCGAGUUCCAUAUAUUCUUGUAGGGCUAAUACCAUGCGUUGCGGGAACAUUCUGGUAUGCGUGGUCAGCGGAAGAGCGCGUCCACUGGGCUGUCGUCGAUGUGGGUGUUUUCUUCUUCACAGCAGGCAACUUUAUGUUCUCACAGGGUUUAUUGGCCUACAACGUUGACGAAUUCACUAGCACGAGGGCUGCGAGUGCUAGUGCGGCUACUCGUCUUGGCACAUAUCUACUAGGUUUUGUGUUUCCCAUCUUUGCACCAGAGCUGUAUGAAAGGCUGGGUUAUGGUUGGGGAAACAGUCUUCUUAGUUUCUUGUACGGCAUCAUAAGCAUGGGUAUCAUUGUGGUUUUAUGGAUUUGGGGCGAGAAAAUCAGAGCUAUUGGGAGGACAGCAGAGGAUAGCAAAGAAAGGGUAUUGUAAGUGUUACAUCCUAAGUCAUAAAAUCGCCACACUUAUUAGGGGCUCUGGUAGACGGGAGUCGGACGGUAGUAGAGAAGAGGGGCAAUAAUUUCGACAAUGGUCAUAAUGCCUGCACCAAAUAACAUAAAGCAC